CCUGUGUGCAUAUCUAUUUUUUGAAACCUCGCAACAAAGUCUGAUGCAUAGAUAAAUCACGAAUGAUUGUUAUCUCCUCGUACAUUAAUUUGUUCUUUCUGACAUCUAUAGUGAUAUCACAGCACCGUUGGCAAUGGAACACUAGUCAAGUGAAUACUCCUCCUAAUGAGAAGUAGUUUUAUAUGUCGCAGCGAGUGCAGGUAGAUCGCGAUCUUCUGAAGAUAGGUACAGUAUUCUUAGAAAAUAGUCAUUAAGCGGAAGGACGCGGUGCAAGAUGGACUUAGAUACCGAACGGUGGACAAACGACACUCAAUGGACUCGUAAAAAAUUAUCAGAUGAUCCCUAUACAUCAGUUCUUUCUCAAGAAGGAGAUAUUUGUGCAGGUGUUUAUUUGGUGUCAAUUUCCCUGGUAGCUUUUAUCGGCAAUGUUUCAGUCAUUGUGAUCUCGCUACGGAAACGUGAUAAAUUAAAGCCAAUUGACCUGUUGACCAUCAACCUAGCUGUAUCAGACUUUCUCAUCUCUGUUGCCUCGUAUCCAUUACCAGCGAUAUCAGCUUUUAGACAUGAGUGGUCAUUCGGAAGGAAUGGGUGUAUCUGGUAUGGCUUUUCGGGAUUCCUAUUUGCAGUGGCAAGCAUGGCCACGUUGACGGCAAUUGCUCUCUUCAGAUAUUUAAAGCUGUGCAGAGAAAAUGUCGAUCAGUAUAAUUCGCGACCAUUUGUCAUUAAAGUGAUCAUCGCUAUUUGGGCCUUCUCUUUCUUUGUUACAACUCCUCCUCUCUUUGGCUGGAGCAGCUACGUGCCCGAGCCCUACCGCUUAUCAUGCACGAUAGACUUUGCCGACACGAGUUCGGCGUCUCUAUCGUAUACCUAUUUCACCAUCAUUGCCGUAUUCCUCACUCCCCUGGGAGUCAUCAUAGCUUGUUACGUCGCCAUAGCAAGGAAAAUGAUCCACCACAAUAGGAGAAUUAAUGUCAUACGUAAUGCUGGAAGGAUUCUACUCGAAGUACGUCUACUGAAGACUGCCUGUGCAAUCACAUUGGCUUACAUAUUAUCUUGGACACCCUACACCAUUAUUGCCGUUUGGGUCACUUUCAGACCAGUUACUCAGAUUCCAGCAGCAUUUCGUAUCCUGCCAGCCUUCUGCGCCAAAACCUCGGCCGUUUACAAUCCCAUCAUCUACUGUAUCUUCAACAAGUCUUUCCGCCAGGAAGUCAGUUCCUUUGUGUGUUGUUGUGCCUGCCAAUGUUAUAAAAUAAGCGUAAAUCUUGAUAUGAACAGCCACGCCCAACGCCAAUUCCGACAAAUAGAAUCUAAAAGAGGCAGAAACAUCACUUCUAGGCAGCGACCUUUGAUGAUCUACUCCAGUCCGUCCAGGUGGCAUCGUGACUUCUAUGAAUUAUGGAGAAAAAGAAUUAUCUUCGUUUUGAAUUGUAAUUGUAAAAACAAUGAUUCCGUGGAGAAUAUCAACGUCACCUUCAGGAAGGACAAUGACAUGGUGGAACUGAAUAUCUCGACGGCGGAAAUGCACCGUCCAGAACUGAACACAGCCAUGGCGCGAGGCAAGUCAACAGUACUGCCUGUCUUGGAUGAAGUGCCAUCAGAAGCAGCGCAUUGUUCCUCUCACCUACCAGGCUCACUUGAUGGUUCUUUCAUACAAUACCACCCCCAACCAUGUCAACCGAGUACAUCGAGCCCCGCCAAUGAGUUCUUGAACCCAUCAGGUCUAGUUUCUCGGAAUAGAUGUGUCGUCAUGGUGAGACCAACCAUUGAAGAGGAAAUGUCUUCAGAUUCUUGAAGAUAGUACUACUAUCCAAUGACAUUUCUUUUUCUUAUGAAUUGUACGUCAAUGCAUAAAAAUAUUGGGUGUUGCGAGAACGUUGAGUUACAAUUAUUGAUUGCAAAUCAAUGGCAAAUUUGUAGCUGCUCGCUAAUUCGCAUUACUUAGGCCUAAGGCUCGGUCGUACUGGCCGAUGGACACAAAGCGUGUGCAUAAAGGAUCCAGCGGGCGAGCAAAAUAUCGGGGGUGGCUGCAUUUGUUUUCAUCCGCUCCAGAAAUGGACGAAAUUAGCGGGAAAAUGCAAAAACAUAUCUAAUACGGACGUGGGUAAUAUUUAUGUAGCGCUGAUGUUACACGGAUGUUCAUCUAAAGCCUAUUAUAGCGGGGGAAAAAACCCGGAUGUAAGUGGAUGACAGAGGUUACCCCCAGGUUACCGAGGGUUUUGACCGGGGGAUCGAAUGAUUUAUUUACGAAAUGCAUACGCAUACAUCCUUUAUAUUUCCGUGCUACUAACGAUGUAUAAGGCGUUCCAUGUACCUUUUCUUUCCCCCCUCUUUCCGUUGUUCAGCUGCAGUGGAUGUGAGCUGCGAGGAAGCCCAGAGGAUGCAAAGAGGAUACAGCGGACGUUAACGGAUGAUAACGAACGUUUGUUGCUCGAUAUGUUGCGGAUUUACAUCGUAAAUGGCGGAAAGUUCAUCCGUUCUAAAAGUUUUGUGCAGCUCAAAACUUUUUCGCGAAUGAAAUCACAAUGGAUAAAAUAUUCGAUGGAUAGAGCGUAUGAAGCACUAUGCAAUGAAUCAAUGGACAUAAAACGGAUGCAUAUACCGUUUCCGUUUUACAUCCUCUUUUCAUCCGUAAGUGCAGUGGGACCGGGCCUUAAGCAGGCGUGCGAUCAAAUGCAAAUUGCAACUGAUUCGCAGACGAUCUGCACUAUUUUGCAUGAACAAACACAGUCAGCAGCACAUGCGAGACUAUGAAGCAAUUAAGUGGAGGAUUGAACGUAAUUGCGUUCAAGUGCACAUUUGCGAUUAAUCGGAAUUAGACUUGAGCUUGAUUUGGGGGAUUCUACUCGAUUUCCAAUCAAACGUUGGUACAAGCGUCCGUUCAUUUUUCAAGGUGAUUAAAAUCUGUUCCCAUGGCUGCUCAUCCUUACUUUAGCAGAAACCCUACAUGGUACUUUGUAUAGUAAUUAUCCCUUAAGUACGUCCUCCACCAAGUAGUUUAUUCACCUUGAUUAUACCGUAAUGUGAGGUUUCUAGUCAUCACCAGCUGAAUGUAUUUUAGAUUUCAUAUGUUUUCUUUCUUAUGCCAAUAUUUCCAAAGUUAUACAAGCAAAACUAGUAUAUGCAUAGCUUCAUGAAGUAAUGACAUAAGCAUAAGUAUAGGAGUAUGCAUACAAUUUGUAUUAAAACAUAUUAACAAUGAAGUGUGUGGUACAAGGGGAACAUCCAGAAGGAUGAGCUAAGCCAAUUAAGCUUAUGAUCUGCGUGUCAUAAUAAAACAAAUAAGAAACAAAUAAACAAUGCAGUAAAAAAACCAGUUCAAUCAAGAUACACCAAUCACACACAGACCCCACACAUUCUCUCUUUGUUCCUGCUGUGUUUAUACUGAAGUAUAUUUUUGGUUAUGUAAUGUAUUAUUUGCUUUGUCAUGAAAAUGUUUGUUUGCACCUUGUUAAU